AUGCAUCGUUGGCAAGGGGCCCUGAUCGUGCUGCUGAACCCCCUCCUCUGGCUCGGCGCACUAGGACUACCCAGACCCCAAAUUGGCGAUUGUGGGGAGAACGAGGGCCCCGUGGGUGGCGUCAGCCCGCCUAUUCCGACGGUCACGUCCAGCAGCGGCUCGCUCCGAGGAGACUCGGGCCUUCUAGGGGGCAACGCUCCGCUGCCCGACCCGGAAAAGUCCGACUCGGCCAUUGUCCCCAAUCCGCAGCUCGUCAACGGGCAAGAAGCGGACGCGAAGCUCGGGCUCUACCUCGACUUCGACAGCGCCGAUCCUCCCCAGCCGAUCCGUGGGGAGAACGGGAACACGGAUCCCGGCCCACGCACCUUUGACUACGAGAAACUCAAUCCCGACCUCUUCGCGCCCCCCCGGACCGACGCGGGGGACAUGCCCAACCUGAUGUGGCCCAUGGGGCUGUCCCACAACCGCCCAGGCACGGGCAAGAACUCGGGCUGGGCGAGGCAGCAGAACGUUGACGUCCUGCCGGCAGCCAAGGCCAUGGCGGGCGUCGACAUGCGCCUGGCCCCGAAUGCCUACCGAGAACUGCACUGGCACACGGCCAACGAGUGGGGGAUGAUUCUCAAGGGCUGCGUGCGCGUGGCCGCCGUCGACGACGAGGGCCGCAACUUCGUAGACGACGUCUGCGCCGGCGACGUGUGGUUCUUCCCCGCCGGCAUACCGCACAGCAUCCAGGCCUUCGAGAAGGGCGCCGAGUUCCUGCUCGUGUUCGACCAGGGCGACUUCACCGAGGACGGUACCUUCCUCGUGUCCGAGCUGUUCCUCCGGAACCCGGUCGAGGUGCUCAGCAAGGACCUGCGCGCCGGCGUCGACGCCUUCGAGAACCUCCCCAAGGACCAGCUCUACAUCUUCAACGGCACCCCCGCGCCCGCCGACAUCUCGGAGCAGAACGUCACCUCGCCGGCCGGCGCCAUCACCGGCAACGCCUCCUACACGUACCACUGGUCCCAACAGGCCCCCUACACCGUCCCCGGCGGCUCCAUCAAGAUCCUCGACCCCCUGACUUUCCGCGUAGCCAGCAUGUUCUCGGCCGCGCUGGUCCUCGUGCAGCCGGGCGCCCUGCGCGAGAUUCACUGGCACACGACCUCGGACGAGUGGAACUUCUUCCUCCAGGGGGCCGGGCGCAUCACCGUGUACGGGGCGCCGGCGUCGUCGCGGACCUACGACUUCACGGCCGCCGGCGUGGGCUACGUGCCGGCCGCCUGCGGCCACUACGUCGAGAACACGGGCGAGGAGGACCUCGUCUUCCUCGAGGUCCUGCAGGCGCCCAAGUUCACCGACAUCAGCGUCGCCCAGUGGCUCGCCCUGACCCCGCGCCAGGUCGUCAAGGACCACCUGAGCCUCCCCGACGCCGUCCUCGACGCCCUGCCCCGCGAGAAGCCCAUCAUCCUGACGGGCAACCAGAACUUGACCGCUCUCGCCGGCGGCGGCAGUGCUUUCUCGGUUUCGUAG